AUGCUCAACAUUCGCGAUAGAACCACCGAGUUUCAGCGGUCCGUCAUUCAACACAACAAAAGAUCCCACGAUAAUGCUAAGAAGCCAACCACAUCAGUUCAAAAAUCGCAGUUUCAGCAGCAAGCGUCCUCUAUAGCACAUGAAAUUGCACAGACUGCCCAGUUACUGGGCAAGCUCGCGCAGCUGGCAAAACGGAAACCUAUGCUCAAUGAUAAUCCAGUGGAAAUCGCAGAGCUCACGUACGUUAUCAAACGCAAGAUUUACGCCGUGGAACAAAGUAUGAUGGAGCUCGCGAAGAUGUCCGGAAAUCAAAACGCGCCAUCGCAGCCCAUUCAGCACACCCGAAAUGUGGUCAAUCUGCUGAACACCAAAAUGAAAAACAUCAGUGGAGACUUCAAAAGCGUGCUGGAGCAACGUCAAAAACUGGAGGUUGCAAAUCGCGACCGUUGGGAGCAACUGAGCUCGCAGACGCAGUCGGAACAACAACAUGUGUACAACAACUCGAAUCCCUUCAUGUCAUCGGUCUUGGAAGAAGAAAGUGGGAAAGCAGGCCAGCUCUCUUUGCCACAAGAGUCCCAAAUGCUUAUGCUCGAGGAACAGAGCUCUUCGUCUACGUAUUUACAGGAACGUAACCGGGCGGUGGAAACUAUCGAGUCCACAAUUCAAGAGGUGGGUAAUCUGUUCCAGCAGUUGGCUCACAUGGUUCAGGAACAAGGCGAAGUCAUUCAGCGGAUCGACGCUAAUGUGGAUGACAUUGACCUCAACAUAUCGGGAGCCCAGAGAGAGUUGCUUAAAUAUUUCGACAGGGUGAGCAGCAAUCGUUGGCUUGCGGUGAAAAUAUUCGCGGUCCUUUUCGUGUUUUUUCUAGUGUGGGUAUUGGUCAACUAA